AUGAGGAACAUUUUUAAGUCGAGCAAGCCGAAGUCGCCUGCCGAGCUUGUCAAGUCGACCGUUGAGCUGCUGACGUUACUGCGAAGCUCCCAAGAUGCCAAAAAAACCGCAAAGAUCGUCGAAGACCUGGAGAAGCAUUUGUAUGAUAUGCGUAUAGUGUUGUACGGGGAUACUGAGACCUUCCAGAAUGCAGACGCUGUGACUCUCGUGGGAGCGGAGGUGUUUAAGGGGAAUUUUUUGGAACUUCUUAUUAGGAACCUUGGUUCCCUGUCUCUUGAUUCAAAACGGGAUGCUGUGCAAAUCAAUGCGAGCCUGCAAAAGAGGCAAAUUCAAAAUCGCAUGGUUGCGGGCGAGUACCUUAUGCAACAUACGGACCUUCUGGACCUUCUCAUUAAAGGAUACGAGGAUCCAGUUCUCGCACUCUACUAUGGCUUGAUGCUUCGGGAAUGCAUUCGCCACCAAUCAGUUGCAAAGUACGUCUUGGAGAGCAAAGACUUUUUCAAGUUCUUCCACCACGUGGAAUUACCCAGUUUUGAAGUUUCUUCUGAUGCUGCUGCAACAUUUAGGGAGCUCUUGAUGCGACACAAGGCCACAGCAGCGGAUUUUGUAUUGAGGAAUUAUGACAAGUUUUUCGAAGCAUACACCAAGUUGCUGCAGUCAUCUUCCUACAUUACGAGGCGUGUUGCAACCAAGCUGUUGGCUGACAUGCUUCUGGAUCGUGCCUAUGUCAUGGUGACCUUGAGAUAUGCGAGUGAUGUCAACAACCUGAUUGUAUCCAUGAACCUUCUGAGGGAUACAAGUAAAGUGAUUCAAGUUGAUGCGUUUCACAUCUUCAAGGUAAUUGUGGCCAACCCAAAGCGGCCUCAAGAUGUUCAGCUGAUCCUUCUCAAGAACAAAGAUAAGCUGCUUCGUUUCCUGCCAGCCCUGACACUUGAGAAAGGAACAGAAACAGAGAUUUCCUCGUUUGAGGAGGACAAACAAGCAAUUCUGAAAGUAAUCGAAUCAAUGCAGCUUCGUGACAUCUCUACUGAUUUCAUCAAGACCAGGACGACAGAGAACAGCGAUUGGCUCGCCAACCUGCAAGCUGGACUGUUCAUCAACUGCGGGGGGCCCAACGUGACAACCCUCUGGUUUGCUGAUACCACCGCCAUCACUUGGACCUCCGAUGCCCCGCUCAUGACCCUUGGCGCGCCCUUCACUAUCACUCCUGCCGCUGGUAGCAGCAGCAACAGCAGCAGCAGCAACAGCAGCAGCUCAAUGCCAUUGGUUGGCAUACCGCCGUUGGCAGGCAUUGCAGGAGCGCAAGGGAACAAAAGUAGUGCAGCAGGGAAUAGUACCAAUGGAAGGAGCAACAGCUCGUUUGUUGACGUGAUCUCUAUUACUACCACUGCCAACAGCACUGCCAACAGCACUGCCAACAACACUGCCAACAGCACUGCCAACAGCACUGCCAACAGCACUGCCAACAGCACUGCCAACAGCACUGCCAACGGCACUGCCAACAGCACUGCCAACAGCACUGCCAACAACACUGCCAACUAUGCCGCAAAUAUCCCGCUCUCCUUCCUCAAGAACACGUCCAGUCACAACCCACCCACUCCCUCCAUCCCAAUCACCACUCCCUCACCCGAAGCCAAAACCCUCCUCACCUUCUCAGACCCCUCUCUAGCCCUCCUGGCGCCCAUAUUCGAGUCCGCCAGGGCUUUCAACGCGCGGGACGGACUCACCCUCUGGUACUCCCUGCCAGUGCCCGAACCUGCCUACUACGUGGUGCGCCUCGGUUCCCUACUGUGGACCGCACCCGCGUAG